GAGUACGAAUCCGACGUCCGCGGGGUGCACGCGAAGGAGGCGCUGGCAGGCGAUCAGGUGGUGGUGGAAAUUCCCCUCCGGUGCCUGAUCACGGUGGAGAUGGGGAAGGAGUCCGACGUGGGAAAAGCGGUGCUCGCGUCCAAUUUGCCCCUGGACGCACCCAAGCACAUCUUCUUGAUGCUCUUCAUGCUCACGGACAGGCGGAACCCGUCCUCCUUCUUUAAGGAGUUCAAGUGGGCCCGUAUGUGCGUCUGUUCGCGCAAUUUUGGUCUGGAGGUGAACAGAAUCAGGACGGCGGCCUUGGUCCCCUACGCAGAUAUGCUCAACCACCAGCGGCCCCGCGAAACCAAGUGGACCUUCGACAACGCUCGUCAGGCUUUUACUAUCACGACGCUCCAGCCCAUCGCCCCCGGGGCCCAGGUCUAUGAUUCAUACGGUCAGAAGUGUAACCACCGCUUCCUUCUCAACUACGGUUUCGCCGUGGAAAAUAACAGAGAAGCAGAUAAUUUCUGUCCAAACGAGGUCGGGUUGUGGCAGGAGACAGCGAGGAAGGGGGAGAGGGAAAGAGGUACAAUGGGAUGA